AUGCCCCAGUCAAAUUAUCAGUGUCAGCUUUAUCCCUGUGUACCAAGUCAUGUUCUCUCAUUCAUCUAUUCAGCUCACUCGUUAACUUCUAAGCCAACGGUUACUGGAAUUCCGCACGACAUGCUGAACGAUCAGUUUGGAAUGGUCGGUUUGCUGGUGUUCCUGCGAGCAAUCGAGACGGAUCCGGCCAUAGUCUCCUUGGCGUUGGGUCACGACCUUACGCAGCUAGGUCUCAACCUUAAUGCACCGGAAAAGAAUUUGCAUCAAAAUUUCGGUGGGCCUUGGGCCGACGUUCCUUGCCGUCCUCAGGAUAUUGAUUUUACUAUUCCUCUGGAAUACCAAACGAACUCAGCCGUGGCGGAAAAGUUGACCCCGAUCAAGUUAAAUCGAUACAGCGAUGACCUCCUGUUCUAUUUUUUCUACAACUUCGGUGGUGAAGUGUUUCAGUUAGCGGCUGCAGCUGAAUUGUAUAAUCGUGACUGGCGAUACCAUAAGGAGGAUCGAAUAUGGCUCACUAGGGCACCGGGAAUGAUUCCCGUCGAGAAGAGCACGGCCUACGAACGAGGAACAUAUUAUGUAUUUGAUCCAAGUCAUUGGAGGAAGGUAAUUAUCAGUCUAAAUUAG